AUGAAUCGCGUCGUUCUAAUUCUUCUUCUAGUUCUAGCGGCAACAAUCUGCGCGGAGACUCGAAGUCGUGUGAAGCGCCAGUUCCUUCCCUAUGGCUACGGCAUGCCUUAUUACAAUCCAUAUAUAUUCUACAGACCAAUUCCGCCACCAAUCUACCCAUACAUAAAACAGACAUGCUUAAUCGAUGUUCACAAAAAGCAUGGUGGAAAACUUGUGGAAUUUGCCGGUUACGAGAUGCCCACGCAGUACGCAGAUUUGUCUAUUAAAGAAUCAACUAUCCACACAAGGAAACACGCGAGUAUUUUUGAUGUAUCUCAUAUGCUACAAACACACAUCGUGGGAAAAGAUAGAGAAGCUUUUAUUGAAAGCCUUACCACCGCUGACGUGCAGGGGCUCAAGCCAAACUCUGGAACUUUGUCAGUUUUCACAAAUGAGAAAGGCGGCAUCAAAGAUGAUCUCAUUAUCAUGAAAACUGAUAAGGAUUUCCUUUUCCUUGUCACGAAUGCGGGAUGUAUCAACAAGGAUCUUCCAUACCUUUUGGAAAAUUCGCAAAAAUGGCGAUCCAACGGCAAAGACGUUGAGAUCAAAACGCUCGAUAAUCGGGGUUUAGUGGCAGUGCAAGGCCCUGAAAUGGCAAAGGUUCUUCAUGCUGAAACCGACAUUAAUAUGUCGAAACUAAUGUUCAUGAACACAACUGUCGGAAAAGUUUUUGGAAUUGAUGGAUGUCGUGUGACCCGUUGUGGAUACACAGGAGAGGAUGGAGUCGAAAUUUCGGUGGAUCCAAAGCAAGCUCCAUUGCUUGUUGAGAGACUUUUGGCUUCAAACCAAGGGAACAUGAAACUUGCCGGUCUGGGAGCUAGAGAUGCUUUGAGAUUGGAAGCUGGACUGUGCUUAUAUGGAAAUGACAUUGAGGAAAAUACUACACCGAUUGAAGCGGGACUUGCUUUCGUCGUAGCCAAGCGCCGUCGUGAAACAAUGGAUUUCCCUGGUGCUGAGAUCAUUGUAAACCAGCUCAAAGAGAAAAGUUGGCCAAAGCGCAGAGUUGGGCUUAUUGCUCAACCUGGCCGAGCUCCACGAUCCCAUUUACCACUUAUUGAUCCUUUGGAUAACUGUACCAUUGGUUUCGUCACGUCUGGAUGUCCGUCCCCAUGCCUUGGCAAGAACAUCGCAAUUGCAUACGUCGACAAGUCGCACUCUAAAGUCGGUACCAAGUUCGUAGUAGAUUUCGGAGCAAAACAAUCUGGAGUUGAAGUCGUCAAAAUGCCUUUUGUCCCAACUAGAUAUUAUACGGGAAAAUAA